AUGGCCACCGACACAGACGGCAACGCUCCCCGUGAGCCCUCCAAGAUGAAGAGGCUCCUUCAUGAUCCAUGGACCCAGAUCGUCCUCAUCUCUCUCAUUUCCUUCUGCAACCCGGGCAUGUACAAUGCCCUCACCGGCAUGGGCGGAUCCGGUCAGGUUGACGGCACUGUCGCCGCCAACUCCAACGUGGCCACGCACGCCUGCACCGCCGGUGCGGCCCUCCUCCUCGUGGGCGCUUUCUACAAGUAUUUGGGUCCUCGGCUAUCUCUCUUGCUAGGCGGCUGGACGUAUGCGCUCUACGCCGGCUCGCUGCUCAACUUCAACCGCACCCACAACGGCCCGUUCGUCAUCGCCGCGGGCGCCCUGCUCGGCGUCGGCGCGGCCUUCUUCUGGGUCGCGCAGGGCACCGUCAUGGUGACUUACACCAACGACGGCACGCGCGGCCGCGCAAUUGGCCUGUUCUGGGUAGUCUUCAACCUCGGCGGCGCCAUCGGCUCGCUCAUCAGCUUCGGCCUCAACUUCCACUCCGCUUCGGGCACCGUCACCGACUCUACCUACAUUGCCUACAUCGUCGUCAUGCUCUUCGGCUGGGCGCUCUCGGCGCUCGUGUGCUCGACCGAGUCGCUUUCCGCAAAGUACACAGGCAGCCGCAUCGCGCGCGAGUCCAAGGCCAUCACUUGGGCCAACCUGCGCGAGUCGGCGGUGCAGACCGCCAAGAUUGUCUUUGACUGGAGGAUCAUGUGCUUGUAUCCCAUGUUCUUCAACGCCAAUGUGUUCUACUCGUACCAGCAGAACAACGUCAACGGCCAGACGUUCAACCUACGCACGCGGUCGCUCAACGGUGCACUGUACUGGAUCGCCCAGAUGUUUGGCGGGCUGCUCAUGGGUCUUGUACUUGACUACGGGCGACUUGGCCGCAAGGCACGCGCACUAGCCGGCUGGGCGGUGCUCUUCGUCACAGGUAUGGCCAUCUGGGGCGGCGGAUAUAAGUUCCAGCUGUGGAACGAUCAGCGGCUGCGCCAGGGCCACAAGCAGGACAUUGACUAUACUGACGGGAGCGUCUUCCUGGGUCCCAUGUUCCUGUACUUCUUCUACGGCGCGUACGACUCGUUCUGGCAGGCGUACUGCUACUGGAUCAUCGGCGCGCAGUCGCACAGCCCCGUCGUCAACGCCGUCGUCGUGGGCACCUAUUCGGCGCUGAAGCCGGCGGGCGGGUCGAUGGCCUGGAGGGUCAACGCCGAGGGCUACUCGGCCAUGACGCAAUUUGCCAUGAACUGGGGGCUGAGCAUUGGUAGUCUGCUGGUCGCGAUUCCCACCGUGCUGACGCUGCGCAACCAUAAGACGGAGGAGGAGGCUGAGGAUGAGAGCAUCAGCGUCGAGGAGACUGUUGACGAGAAGGCCAAAGUAUAG